AUGGCUCGACGCGACCACGACGACGACGACGACGACGAGGAGGAGGACGAGGAGGAGGCCUACGACCUGGACGAGGAGGAAGAGGAGGACGAGGAAGACGACUACGAGGAGGAGGCGAGGCGCGGGAAGGCCUCCGCGGCGGCGGCGGCGGCGGCGGGCGGAAGCGGUCACGCGAACACAACUUUAUUGACGACUCGGCCAUCGAGGACGAGGACGAGGAUGACGACGACGACGACGGCGGGGGCCGGCCGAGGAAGAAGGGCGGCGGCGGGGUGCGAGGGUUCUUCGACGAGGAGGCCCAGGUCGACGAGGACGAGGAAGAAGAGGACGAAGGCGAGGGCGAGGACGUCUUUGUUGAGAUCUGGACCUAAUUUGGUCGAUUUCCAGAACUGGAUUUGGGGAUAUAGUUUUAUUAAUGAUGCUGGGGCCGACCUUCCUGAUGAGGAUGUUAGGGGCUCAAGACGUCAUUCUAUUCCUAUGAGGGAUGAGGAAGAGGACAUUGAUGAGAUUGAGAGACAAGUGCGGGAGAGAUACGCAAGAUCCACUCAUAUUGAGUACGGUGAGGAAGCAGCAGAAGUGGAACAGCAAGCUCUGCUGCCCUCCGUGAAGGAUCCUAAACUAUGGAUGGUCAAAUGUGCGAUUGGACAUGAGAGAGAGACUGCGAUUUGUCUGAUGCAAAAGUACAUAGAUAGGUCAGACCUUCAGAUAAAGUCAGUCGUGGCAUUGGAUCAUCUAAAAAAUUAUAUUUAUGUUGAAGCUGAAAAGGAGGCCCAUGUCAAAGAGGCUUGCAAAGGUCUACGAAACAUUUAUUCUUCAGCAAAAAUAACAUUAGUGCCGAUAAAAGAAAUGGCAGAUGUCCUCUCCGUUGAGAGCAAAUCUGUCGAUCUUUCAAGGGAUUCUUGGGUCCGAAUGAAAUUGGGCAUAUAUAAAGGUGACCUUGCUAAGGUUGUUGAUGUUGACAAUGUACGUCAAAGAGUAGAUGUGAAGCUGAUCCCUAGAAUAGAUCUACAAGCUUUGGCUAGUAAACUGGAAGGGAGGGAGGCUGUAAAGAAGAAAGCAUUUGUCCCACCACCACGAUUCUUUAAUAUCGAUGAGGCGAGGGAGAUGCAUAUUCGUGUGGAACGGAGGCGAGAUAAAGAAUCUGGGGAGUACUUUGAGUGGGUUGAUAAUUUGAAGUUCAAAGAUGGUUUCUUGUACAAAUCAGUCUCCACUAAAUCAAUCCACACAAAUAAUAUUCAACCGACUUUCGAUGAGCUUGAGAAGUUUAAGAAGCCUGGUGAAGACAUGAAUGGGGACAUGGCUAGCUUGUCCACUCUGUUUGCAAACAGGAAAAAAGGGCACUUUAUGAAGGGUGAUGCCGUCAUUGUUAUUAAAGGAGAUUUAAAAAAUCUGGAGGGGUGGGUUGAGAAAGUAGAGGAUGAAACAGUUCACAUCAGACCAAAAAUAUCUGAUCUUCCGAAAACAUUAGCCUUCAAUGAAAAGGAGCUUUGCAAAUAUUUCAAGCCUGGUGACCAUGUCAAGGUGAUCUCAGGUGUUCAAGAAGGUGCUACUGGCAUGGUUGUUAAAGUGGAAGGACAUGUCUUGAUAAUUUUGUCUGACACAACUAAAGAACAUAUCCGUGUGUUUGCUGAUCAUGUCGUCGAAAGCUCUGAAAUUACCACAGGAAUCACCAGAAUUGGUGAUUAUGAACUGCAUGAUCUUGUCCUUUUAGACAACUUGUCAUUUGGAGUAAUUAUAAGGGUGGAAACUGAAGCAUUUCAGGUUCUGAAAGGAGUGCCAGAUAGACCUGAAGUUGUGCUCGUGAAGUUAAGAGAAAUAAAAAGCAAAAUUGAUAGGCGCUCAUCAGCUAAAGAUCGUUCUAAUAAUAUUAUCUCUGCAAAGGACGUCGUAAGGGUUAUUGAAGGAGCAUGCAAGGGGAAGCAAGGACCUGUGGAACACAUACACAAGGGGAUACUGUUUAUCUGUGACAGGCAUCACCUUGAACAUGCAGGCUUUAUUUGUGCAAAAGCGCAAUCUUGCCUUCUUGUUGGUGGAUCAACUGGUGGCCGUCAAGGAAAUGGUAUGGACACAGCUGAUGCACGGCUUGGUGCUUUGAGAUCUUCAGCAAGCAUUCUGCAAUCUCCAGGAAGGCUGCCCCCAAGAGGACCUAAUAUGAAUUAUGGUGGAAGGUUUGGAGGCGGCCGUGGUGGUAGAGGACAUGAUGCCUUGGUGGGUAAAUGUAUCAAAAUUAAAUCUGGCCCUUAUAAGGGAUACCGUGGCCGUGUUAAAGAGGUGACUGGUGCACUUGUACGUGUAGAGCUUGAUUCAUUGAUGAAGAUUGUCACAGUUAAAAGAGAUGAUAUUGCUGACACACCUACUGUUGCGACACCAUUUCGUGAACCUCGUUAUUCAUUGGGCGGUGAAACACCAAUGCACCCGUCUCGAACACCACAUCAUGCUUAUCAGACUCCAAUGCGUGACCCUGGAGCAACACCAAUACAUGACGGGAUGCGGACUCCCAUGCGAAGUCGAGCCUGGGCUCCUAUGAGCCCUCCGAGGGAUAAUUGGGAAGAUGGAAAUCCUGCUACUUGGGGUAGCAGUCCAGCUUACCAGCCAGGAACCCCACAAGCUCGGCCAUACGAAGCCCCCACACCUGGAUCAGGGUGGGCAAACACUCCAGGAGUUAGUUUCAAUGAUGCUCCUACUCCCAGGGAUAACUAUGCAAAUGCCCCAAGUCCAUAUGUGCCUUCCACGCCUGUUGGUCAACCAAUGACACCAAACUCAGCUGCAUAUCUUCCGGGCACACCUGGUGGUCAACCAAUGACCCCAGGCAACGUUGGAAUGGAUUUAAUGUCCCCGAUAAUAGGUGGUGAGGGUGAUGGUACAUGGCUGUUGCCGGAUGUUUUGGUCAAUGUGUUGAGGGGAGGUGAUGACGGUCCUGGUGUGGUUAGGGAAUUACUCGGGGAUGGAUCUUGCCGAGUGGCACUUGGGUCGUCGGGCAAUGGUGACAUGGUGACAGUCCUUCCAAACGAGAUCGAGGUCAUCAGGCCAAAGAAGAGUGACAGGAUCAAGAUAUUGAAUGGUAAUUUCCGUGGAUACACAGGAAAACUCAUAGGUAUAGAUGGUUCUGACGGAAUAGUGAGGCUUGACGACACAUACGAAGUUAAGAUAUUAGAUAUGGUGAUUUUGGCCAAACUGGCGACUUAA